AAAUUCAUAAAUUAUGCAGGCAAAGGCAAAGGUCCAUUUAUUUGGCAGCUUUCCGAGAAAUUGUUUUCCCUUCCCCAUCCCGUGUGAUUUAACCUGGUCAAACACACGUUGCUCUCUGCCUACCAUUAUUUUACAGCUAUUUUGUUUUCUGCUUCUUCCUUCUGGUGGAUCUGGUCAUGAACAAAGACCCAAGUGAGGGAAUUUCCUUCGAGAUUCCUUUUGUUUGGGUCAAAUUCUCAGAUUAUAUUUUGGGCGAGAGCAUUCAAUUGAAUGAUUCAGUUCCGUGGAGCUCUGACAGCUUGAUUUUGGCUUUGUGGGUAUUUUGUUAGGUUGAACAUUUCGGGCAUUUCUGGGAGCACAAGUUCUGGGUUUUGGUUUGUGAGGGUUUGCGAUACCCAGUUCCGAGAUUUUACUAAGAUUUUGUUGAUGCGAUCGUCCAAGUCUGAUUGGAACGCUUGAAGGGUUUUCCUGAGGAAAAAAUAAGAAAAAGUUCCUUCUGGUGAAUGCUUUACAGAGAUUUGGGGAUGUUCAAAGAUACAAGGGUUCUGGGUUUUUGAUGAAAAGAAUAGGGUUUCUUUGGAAUGUUGUUUCAGGGCCAACUGGAAAUGGGUGUGGGAAGAAUGCUGUGUUCCAUUGUAUUUGCUCUUCUGUUCUUUGCUUUGGCGGCAGCUGAUUCAGAAGGCGAGAAAGGUGCAGAAGAACUGUUACUGGACAGUCAACUCUACUCGGCUUUAAGGGGGAUAAAUAAGGACCUGAAUUAUGUGACUGCAGGCUGAACUAUUAUGGGCCCAUUGCAAGGUAGAGUUGAUCACUGCAAGGGAAGCUGUUGAAGAUCUUGAAGUUUUUGUACAAGGUGAAAAGUCCCGUACCUAUAAUGAGAUUGUUUGGAGAAGAAUGUUCUCGGCAAAAGAAGACAUAAAGAAAGCUAUCCAUACCCUGCAUCCUGAGAUAAAGCAAACUCUUCUGGAUUGUUUUAGAAAGAAUAAUCUUCCACUUCUUGUUUCUGGAGAAGAGGGCCACUCAAAAAAUUGGAAGACCAAGUAUCUGGAGUUCUUGUUUGCCAGAACUGAUGCUCCUAGACAACGCCAACUGCUUCAGGGUUCUUCUGCACCAUCACUUGGUCCAUCCCCUGCAGUUGGAUCUCCAAAACCUAGCCCAGCACCAUCCCCUGAUGAAGUACCUUCAGUCUCUCAGGCUCCUGAUUCUCAGGGCCCUGCUAAGCCUCCUACGUUGCCUUUCUUCCCCUCCAAUUUCAACAGUUCAGACUUACAACCUACAGCUGGAGAACCUUCUUCAGAAAAUUCUAAUUCUGUUUCAAAAGUACAGGAAAAUGACCACAAGAAAACAGUUGUUAUUGCUGUUGCUGUAACGGCAGCAGUGACAUUUGUCUUUGUUGCAUUGCUCUUUUUCUGCUACUUCAAGUUUUGUAGGAGUGAUUCUGGACUCGGAAUGAAAGAUGAGAGGCCUCUUCUGAGCUUAAGCUUAAGUGACUAUUCUACUGAUAAUUCAAACAAGUCAUUGCCUGUAGGGAAUCCUAUUAACAGUGGGAAGCUUCAUAAUCAAUCAUUCAAUACCAGCUUUAACAAUAACAUAAUGCUGCCAUCUUUAGAUGGCAGUUCUUAUGUCAAGUCAGGCAGGCUCAGCACUUCUAAAGUGGAUACUCAUACUCAUUCAGAACCAAUAGGUGUUACUGGCAAAAUUUCAGCAGAGGAUUCUGUACAGAUUUUACCUCCUCUGAAGCCCCCUCCUGGAAGAUUGGUCAGUCCUCCUGGACUGCCUCCUCUAAAGCCUCCCCCUGGCAGGCCUGAUCUCUUGCCUCCUGAACCACCUCUCCCACCACCUCCUCCCCCCAAAGCAACUCCUUCUGCCCCACCGCCGCCACCACCACCUAAGAAACCUGUUUCUAGCAAUCCACAGCCUCCCCCUCCAGGACCACCACCUCCACCUAUACCCUCUGGCAUAAAGACUGGCCUUCGCCCUCCGCCACCCCCAAAAAGUGGUGUCCCUCUUCCUCGGCCACCUGGCAUGGGCUCAAAGCCAAUUCGAGCUCCACCUUUUGGACCAUCAGGUACCACUAGUGAAGCUGAUGCUCCCAAAACUAAGCUGAAGCCAUUCUUCUGGGACAAGGUUCUGGCCAACCCUGAUAGCUCAAUGGUUUGGCAUCAAAUUAAAUCAGGGUCAUUCCAGUUCAAUGAAGAGAUGAUAGAAACUCUAUUUGGAUAUAGCGCACCAGAGAAAAAUAAAAAUGACCCCAAGAAAAAUUCAUCAUCUCAGGACCCUUCAACUCAAUAUAUUCAACUUAUUGAUUCAAAAAAGGCUCAAAAUUUGGCAAUUCUUUUACGAGCACUGAAUGUUACAACAGAAGAGGUUUGUGAUGCGCUUAAAGAAGGAAAUGAGCUUCCAGCAGAGUUCCUUCAAACUUUGUUAAGGAUGGCACCAACAUCAGAAGAAGAACUGAAAAUUAGGCUUUUCAGUGGUGAACUUUCUCGACUUGGGCCUGCAGACCGAUUCCUAAAAGUAUUGGUUGACAUCCCAUUUGCCUUUAAAAGGCUGGAAUCGUUGCUUUUUAUGUGCACACUUCAGGAGGAUGUUUCAAUUACUAAAGAGGCUUUUGCAACUUUGGAGGCUGCUUGCACAGAACUAAAGAAUAACCGUUUAUUCCUCAAGCUCCUGGAAGCUGUUCUUAAAACAGGCAAUCGCAUGAAUGAUGGAACAUUCCGUGGGGGUGCACAAGCUUUCAAACUUGACACACUUCUGAAAUUAUCAGAUGUAAAAGGAAUAGAUGGAAAAACCACUCUUCUGCACUUUGUUGUGCAGGAGAUAAUUCGUUCAGAAGGUGUUAGGGCUGUUCGUGCAGCUGGAGAGCUCCCUGAGGGUCCUGCCCAUGAUUUAGAUGAACACUAUAGCAGCCUUGGUCUUCAGGUGGUUUCGGGUUUGAGUGGUGAGCUUGAGAAUGUUAAGAAAGCAGCAGUCCUGGAUUAUGAUACCAUAACAGGAACUGUAGCCAAACUUGGUCAUCGAUUUUUGAAAGUGCGGGAAUUCCUGAAUUCAGAUAUGAAGGAAAUAGAUGAAGGAAAUGGAUUCCACCAAACUCUAAAAAGUUUUGUGCAGGAUGCUGAGGUUGAUAUCACAUCAUUGCUCGAGGAAGAAAAAAGGAUGAUGGCUCUGGUGAAGAGCACGGUAGAUUACUUCCAUGGGAAUUCUGGUAGGGAAGAAGGCCUGCGAUUGUUUGUCGUUGUUCGUGAUUUCUUGGUAAUAUUAGACAAGGUAUGCAGAGAGGUUAAAGAUGUCCCAAAGAAGCCAAAUAAGACACCAAACAGGGAAGGCGCAACAGUACAGUCUCCUUCAGAACCUCGCCAGACCCCUGAUCCUCCUCGGCAGCCACCUGAUCCUCCUCAGCUGCCUCCUGAUCGUCGCCAGCACCUAAUUCAGGCUAUAACAGAUAGACGGAUGGAUUCUAGUUCAGAUGAUGACAGUCCCUAAAUUUUGUAAAGAACAACAGCUGGAGUGGAGUUUUAGUGUUAGUGGAAGUUCAUGACAGAAUGUUGGACUCUUUUCGGUUCCAUCUGGGAUUACUGUAAGCGACAACGAUUGGUUAGCAAGUUUUUGGAUCAGUGAGGACAACUCGGUGAAGCCAAAUUUCAACAGCUAUAAAUACAAGUGUACAACUUACAGAUGAAUCUAACAAUGCGGUAUUAUAAUCCUUUCCAUGUUUAAUGGUAUAAGGAGAUGUCUUGGGGCUUCCCCAGAUGACGAACACCGUUAAAAUAUCUUAAUUCUUUUUGUUUUUAGUCACAUUUAAGCACAGUUUUGUUGAUAAUUUUCAGUUCUUGGGAAUUGGAGAUGUAGCUUGUACAUUGUUCCAAGAUAUAGUAGCGAUUGCUUCAACAUUGUUAUA